AUGAGUCUGAGAAGUUCUGGUUCAUUCUUGAAGUCCUCUUCUUUUUAUACAAGAAAACUUUGCAAGUUUUCUUGUCGUUGGUGCGCAUUAUUGUUUUGGUCAGGACCCGCUGGUCUUCUCUUGCAUAAAUUGCGACAUCAUCCAAGAAUGGACAAACAACGUUUAGUACUUUAUAAGGAGCUUUUACUUGAACGUUUGAACUGGAAACCACCCAAGCCAGAAAUUAAGAAUAACGUUAUUUCUCCUAUAAUAAACGAUUCUCCUGCAUUUGAUUUAUCUAAUGAUGAAGAUCAAGAGCCAAGGAUAACAACACCUCGGAAUUUCCCAUAUCGUUGUCGUCAUUGCCCUUACAGCACAGAUCAAAUUCUGCGACUUCAAAAACAUGAAAACAAGCACAUUUUUAAGGCUGAACAUUGUUGUCAACAAUGUUCAUACUCAUGCCGCUCCAUGCACAUACUUAUGCAACAUUCUCGCCUUCAUGAAGUAGAACCAACGUCCUCUUCAACAACUUCACUUUCCUCUUUUCGAUUUCCAGAAGCCUGCACUUCAUCUUAUGAAAAUCAACAAAUGCCUUCAGAUAACUUUCAUCGAGAGGACCCGUCAUCCUCUAGGAGAACUAACUUUUGCCCACAUUGUCCAUACAAAUCGAAACAUAAUUGCGAUAUGAAAGCACAUCUUAAAAUGCACGUUGAACGGCGUAAAUUUGCGUGUCGUCACUGCACAUACAGUACAAUGAGGUAUAUUUUUAACUUUAGAUUUAUCGAAAAAUUUCGACACUUUAGACAGAAUGCUCUUAUUUCACAUGAAAAACUCCAUCAAAUAAACCUCACAGAUAAAGGUGCGUGUCGACGGGUGAAAUGGAUUUAUGCGAAAGAGAAUGGCGAGCGUAGUGCUCAUCUGGGUUGGCGUAUGCGCAUUUUGCGCAGUGGUUGGCAUUUUUAUCGUUGUUCUAUCGUUGAAUGUGGAGCAGAAUUUGCAUUUUGUGCAGAACUUGUGCAACAUUCUCGUCAUCAUCAUUUGGCUUGGUGGAAAAAGAAGAAUGAAAUCGUCGCUCGAACCAAAAACCUAAUAAGAUGUACUAUUUGUGGUUUUCGUACAUCACUUGAGAUGAGGAUGCGUGAUCAUGAGGCAGUUCACCAAAAUGAUGGAUGCAAAAAUGUGCGGUCUGUUGGAGGAGUCUUCAACUGCAGAGAAUGCCCUUAUUCUACAGCCAAUUACGCAAAAUUUUGGAAUCAUCGUCAAAAGCAUAAAAGAACUAAUCGAUUUGCUUGUUCACUGUGUUCAUUCAGUUCUGGCUCUAUUCAAUGUUACAUUGAACAUUCUAAAUUGCACGGAAUUUUAAAAAUUGAAUCUGAAGAGGCAGUUGAUAAAGCAACGAAUAAUGUUAAGUUUGAAGCAAUUGGAAUGAAUGGAGACAAUAUAGAAGUACCAGAAGACGAUGCCAAUAAUGUAUCAUCAUCUUCUACUUCUUUGGAUCAAUUGAAAUCUGAAGAUUUACCAAUAUUUAAGAAGCAGAAAUUUCAAGAGCAAUUUGGGGCAAUUAUACCUGUUGUUGCACACUUAAGGAAUGCACAUUUAGUCAAAGAAAAUGACUCUUCAUCUUCUAAUUCUGCUUCGUUUAAAAAUACCGCAGGAUCUUGCAGUGAAUGCCCGUAUAAAACAUGCGAUAAAGUUUUGCUUAAAUUGCAUAUUCAAAUGCAUAAAAGAAGUGGAAUCCGGCCAUAUUCAUGUAAUCUCUGCACAUUUCGUUGUUUUUCUGCUGAAUCUCUACACUCUCAUUUAUCUCUUCAUUCUCGUUCUUUUACUUCUAAAAAUGUUGAUAGAAAUGACGAUCAAUUUAAAACAUCUAGCAAUCCUUAUCAAUGCUCUCAUUGCAACUUCAAGUGUAUUGAAUUAGACUCCUUUCUACUACACCGAAAGGAGCAUGUUCAGCUUUUACAACAACGCCUUAUGACUAUCAUCAAACGGUCCGCUAAUGACAAUGUUUUAGUAAAAGAAAAUAAAACAAGAUUUUCACGAAGUGCCCGUUCUGAUAGACAGCACUUUUGCUCAAAAUGUUCAUUCAAAUGUGAUAGUUUACAAGCAUUUUCUCUUCAUAUGGAGCAUCAUCAACCAAACCAAAAAGAUAUUUUUAGUUGCAGCAUAUGUGAUUACAGUUCAAAUACAAAAGCUGUUGUUAUUUUUCAUGAGAAGAAUCAUCACCUGGAUGUUCCAUUGACUUCACUUUGUCAGAAAAUUAAGCUUCAACAAGAAGAAAAUAAUAAACCAGUUUCAUUGCCAGAAGUAGCCCAUGACAUUUUUUAA